AUGACUUUAGAAUAUACGAAUGCCGAGGAUCUCCCGGAGAUUGUCGCCGAUCUUCGGAAAACGUUCUCUAAAAACCUGACAAAACCAAUCGCAUACCGAAAACAACAACUCAAACAACUUUAUUCCUUGAUUGAGGAAAACGAAGAAUUGAUUUUCGACGCGGUUGCCAAAGAUUUUCGGAAACCGAGAACGGAAGCUUGGAUAGGUGAAACGGCUUUACUGAAGGCGGAUAUUAUUGAAUUUUUCAAUAAAUUGGAUGAAUGGACGAAACCGCAAAUUGUCGAAACGUCGAUUGCGUACAAGUUUAACAAGUGUUAUAUUGCCAAGGAGCCAAUAGGAACCGUUCUUAUUAUUGGAACGUGGAACUAUCCCGUAUUAUUAGCAUUAGCACCAUUUGUAGGAGCAGUUGCAGCAGGCUGCACAGCGAUCUGUAAACCAUCCGAAGUUGCCACCCACUCUGCUAAACUCUUAGGCGAGUUGUUCCCAAAAUAUCUGGAUCAUAAUGCUUAUCGUAUUGUACAAGCCGGACCGGAAGGAACUGUCAAGUUACUAGAGCAGAAAUUUGACCACAUUUUCUAUACGGGCUCAACUGUUGUCGGGAAAAAAAUUAUGGAAGCUGCGGUGAAAAAUUUAACGCCCGUUACUCUUGAGCUUGGCGGUAAGAGCCCAGCUAUCGUGGCAAAUGACGCAAAUAUUUUGCUUGCUGCUAAGCGUAUUAUUUGGGGAAAGAUUUAUAAUUGUGGACAGACAUGUAUAGCACCAGACUACAUCAUCUGCGAAAAAUCAGUGCAAACGGCUUUGCUAGAAUCAAUUCCCAAAGUCCUUGAAGAAUUCCUAGGCGACGAUAUAAAACAAAGUAAAGACUACGCACGCAUCGUGAAUCACCGACAUUUUGAUCGUCUACAAAAGAUGCUUCUAUCGUCUAAAGGAAAAUUAUCAAUUGGUGGCGAUUCUGAUCGCAAUGACUUCUAUAUUGCACCGACCGUGUUGGCUGAUGUUCCAAAAGACGAUAGUUUAAUGCAAGAAGAAAUUUUUGGUCCGAUAUUGCCGAUUGUGGUGGUUGAUAGUAUCGAUGAAGCUAUCGAGUUUGUGAAUAACAGAGAAAUACCAUUGGCUCUUUAUCCAUUUACUAGCAGUAAGAAACUAGCAAAGCAUAUACUUGACAAUACGCAAUCUGGUGGUGCAUGCGUGAACGAUUGUAUUUUACACUUUGCAAUUCCCACUCUACCAUUCGGUGGCAAAGGAAACUCCGGAAUGGGCAACUACCAUGGCAAGAAAUCAUUCGAUACAUUCACUCACGAACGCAGCACACUUGAAACACCAUAUUACGUUGAAAGACUUUUGGGUUCACGAUACCCACCUUACACAAACUCCAAAGUGUGGUUCUUACGACUAUUGCUUAACGUUAGACCUAAUUUUCCAAGGAAUACUUGGAGUAGUUGGGUGCGGCACGUUUUUGCAAAGAUUUUGAAGUUUGCAGUGUGUUUAUCUGUUCUUUCUUAUUUCUUUCGUCGUCCUUUGGGUUUGAUUGCAUGA